GCGCCCUCUAGCUACUGCUCAUAAACGGAACAAGAUGGGUCUGUCAGAUGUGGACCGGUGGUUGGAGAUCGCCAAAAAGUGCAAAUAUCUGCCAGAAAACGACUACAAGAAACUUUGCGAAUAUGUAUGUGACCUACUUCUAGAGGAAAGCAACGUACAGCCUGUCUCCACACCCGUCACUGUGUGCGGAGAUAUCCAUGGACAGUUUUAUGACUUGGAAGAACUGUUCAGAUGUGGAGGCCAGAUACCUGACACCAACUACGUGUUCAUGGGUGACUUUGUCGACCGUGGCUACUACAGCUUAGAGACAUUCACCAGGUUACUGACCCUCAAAGCAAAAUGGCCGGAUUGCAUCACACUUCUCCGUGGCAACCAUGAGACAAGACAAACCACCCAGGUCUACGGUUACUACGAUGAAUGUCUAAUCAAGUACGGCAAUGCCAAUGCCUGGAGAUACAGUGCAAUGGUCUUUGAUCUUCUUACAGUGGCUGCUAUAAUUGACGAGCAGGUGCUAUGUGUUCACGGCGGACUAUCCCCAGACAUCAAGACACUGGACCAGAUGAGAAUCAUUGACAGAGGCCAGGAAAUCCCACACAAAGGAGCCUUUUGUGAUAUUGUAUGGUCUGAUCCAGAAGACGUAGGUACAUGGGCCAUUAGUCCACGGGGUGCUGGCUGGCUGUUUGGUGCCCAGGUGGUUGACAAGUUUGAACACAUCAACGGUCUGACCCUGAUCUGCCGAGCCCAUCAACUGGUUCAGGAGGGCUACAAGUACAUGUUUGAUGAUAAGAUAGUGACGGUGUGGUCGGCCCCAAACUACUGCUACCGUAGCGGCAACGUGGCUUCCAUGCUGGAGUUUAGAGACGCCGACACCAAAGUCGGGAAAAUCUUCAACGCUGUUCCCGACUCGGAACGGGUCAUACCAUCACAGGCAACAACACCAUAUUUCCUUUAGAUGCAAAAUACCGUUGCCGAUUUAUUUGUGUGUGAUUUUUUGAUUCCAUUUGCACUUUUUUAUUACUGUGUAAUGUUCUGAAAUCAUUUAGCAAGAGACAUUGACUUAAAUGUUUGUAUUAAGAUCAUAACCAUGCAACUUUAAGUAAACCAGUUGAUUUUGACACCCCCCCCCC